UAUAACUACAAGCUGUAGUAGCUGUAGCGAACUUUUAAGCCAAUGCUGAUUGGCUUUGCGCGCUGCACCAGGAGUUAUAACAGCCCAUGCACUCUGCAUCGCCGACCGGCUGUGAUCUUUCUGACGCUUCAGCAAUAUGUCGCAAUCCGUAGUGCAAUUAACCACCGAGCAACUGCAGUCAAUGCUCGACGCAGUACGUUUAGCUGCCGUUACAGCCGCCAAUUGUGCCGCUCCGGCUACGGUGCAGAUGAAAGGUACCUUCGUCUAUUGCAAUAGUCGUCUGGGUGAUCAACACGACACAGACUACCUCGACGAGUUCAUUUCAUCGGUACUUACCUACAAAGAUAUGGAAUCGAUCAGUGAUGAGGACGCACUAAAAAGUAUUGCUAUUCUGUUCUAUAGUGAGGCAGCCUUAUGGUGGCAAGGAGUGCGUAAAGAAGUGCAAACUUGGGAUGAGGCCAUCGCAUUGAUCCGCGAACACUUUGCGCCUGCCAAAACCGCUUACGAACUUUAUAUGGAGAUCUUUGAACAAAAACAAGACGAUGACACCAGCAUUAGAACUUUCGUGUGUCGAAAGCGUGCGCUUUUCUCACAAUUGCCAGAAGGACGCCACGACGAGCACACGGAAUUGGACAUGGUUUAUGCUUUGCUAAAUCUCAAAUAUCGCAGAGAAAUAUCGCGUCAGGAUAUUAGAACAUUUCGCGAUUUGCUUGAGCGGGGACGUAUCGUCGAGCGCAACUGCAGCGAAGCCAAAAGAGAAAACAGCAAUAAGAAAGGCGGAAAGGACUAAAAUAAGGAAACUCAAGGGAACUCAAUUAUUUGCUUAGUUCUUAACGGGAUCUGCUUCGUUCAUUUACACGUCAAUGGGUAUUGAUUUUGAAAGUCAGUAAAGUUUACUUUUGUAAAAUCAAAAUCUGUGCUUACGACAAAGUCUAGAAGCGCCCAUCGCAUUGACCUUUUUUAUUAAUCGGGCUGAUUCACAAUUUUAUUCAACCGCGAUUUCUAAAAAAAGUAUAUAUGUAUGUAUGUAUGUAUGUCUAUAAAUAUA